AUGAAAGAGACAAUUGGUUCAUGGAGAAAAUUAUGUAUCAUCAGGAAGAGAUUGGAUGGGAAAAUUGCAAUUGUGACAGGAUGUAACACUGGAAUCGGUUUUCAUACAGCCAGUGAAUUAGCUCGUCGUGGUGCAACAAUCAUUAUGGCAUGUAGAAAUAUGAAACGAGCCAACGAAGCUAGAACUCGUCUGUUGGAAAUGUAUGGUGAGAAUAAUGCGAAAAGUGAAGAAACCGAUGUUGCAUGUAGUCAAGUGAAGUCAUCUUUAAAGCCCAUCGAGUCAGAUCAGCCGGAAAUACUACAAAACUAUACAACAACUGAAGAUGGUUUCGAAAUGACUAUGGUAGUGAAUUAUUUUGGACCAUUUCUAUUGACAGAAUUAUUGUUACCAUUGUUAAAAAAUGCUGCAUCAUCACGAAUAAUAAUUGUUUCCUCCAUGAUUCAUGAAAGAGGUCGCAUUAUCAAACCAGAUUUGCAAUAUGAUCAAAAAACCUAUAAAGCAUUAAAUGCAUAUAGCACAUCUAAAUUAGCAAAUGUGAUACAUGCUAUUGAAUUAAGUGAACGUUUGAAAGAUUGUGGUGUAGUGGCUGUUAGUCUACAUCCUGGAAUUGUCAAUACUGAAGUGAUGAGGGAUCUGACAAGUUUUCCAUCGAAAAUUAUACGACCAUUGAUUCGGUCUGUACUUACAACACCAUGGAAAGGUGCACAAACUACUCUAUAUACUGCACUAACAGAUAACUUGAUUCCUGGAGGUUACUAUUCAAACUGCACAUUGAAAACACCUUCAAAAUAUGCUCAAAAUGUGGAAGAUAGAAAAUGGUUUUGGAAUAAAACAUGUGAACUAUUGAAUAUACAAUGUGAUAACUAAAUUUGAAUGUUUACACAUGUAGAGUAUGUAGACAGAAUUCUGUGUUCAUUUUGAUGAUUGUAUUGUGGCAGAUUUGACAAGAAACCAGCUAAUAGAAUGUGAUGAUUUUCAAUUUGGUGUUAUUUACAAUAUGAUUUCACUUUGUACACACUGAUUUGUAUGAAUAAAAGAGUUAAUAGUUUGUCUCUGUUUUCUGUUUGAUUAAUGGCUACUUGACUCGUCAAUCAUUUUUUACUGAAUGAUUACCUCUGAGACCAA